AUGAGCUACACCGACCAUCCUGUGCUAAUCGUAGGCGCUGGACCAGCGGGUCUGGUAGCAGCGUUGACUCUCCUCCAAAAUGGUAUACCAGUUCGCAUCAUCGAUAAGGACCCCAACCCUCGCAUCGGACAGCGUGGUCCUGGAAUAUGGCCACGCUCCCUCGAGCUCUUCAACUUCCUGAAUGUCCCGGAAGUUAACAAUCUAGGGAAACCAAUCCCUGUCCUUCGUUUAUACAAGCCCGGGACGUUAGAACCUCUGAAACACUCUUCGUUGGCACCUCAUAUGGAACCUACACCAACGGUACCAUUCCACAUCCCAAAGAUGAUAGGGCAACAGCUCCUAGAUGUGGUUCUGCGACGCCACCUAGAGAAGCUCUCUUGUUCUGUCGAGAUGGGCUCCGAACUGCGCUCGUUCAAGCAGUCCGAGGAGGGCGUCACAGCUGUUCUGGAAAAGAACGGCAUAUUAGAGACUUUCGAUACCAAAUGGAUGAUCGGCGCCGAUGGUGCUAAAAGCGUCGUGCGCAAACAGCUUGGGCUCACAUUUUUAGGCGAGACUAGAGAUGACUUCUUUGUUGUCACUGGAGAUAUUCGUUUAAAGGGAGUCGGUCUUGAUAGAAUGCAUUUUCACGUAUUUGGAAACUUUGGUGAACGAUCGCUCUCAUUGCGUCCAACGGACGAAAUCGGCGAGGAUGGCUGGAAAUUCUUCAUCUCCGAUCGCGAACUAGAGUUGACGAAGAUCAUGAAGAGCGAGGAGCUUAUCUUCGAGGCUAUCGCGUCGUUCGUCCCUACUGAGAUUACGUUCAACAAGCUGGUUUGGGUGAGCGAGUUCCGGGCUAAUAUCCGUAUGGUGAAUAAGUUUAGCGAGGGUCGAGUGUUCAUUGUGGGUGAUGCUGCACAUGUUCACAGUCCUAGCGGUGGUCAGGGACUGAAUUCAGGUGUACAAGAUGCCUUCAAUCUAGGAUGGAAACUUGCGCUUGUCGAAAAAGGACUUGCCGAUAAGUCUCUUCUCGAGACAUACAGCGCCGAGCGUCUGCCUGUCAUCUCCGAGAUGCUCGAGAUUACGACCUCGAUGCUCGACCAGGCAAUAGUGACAGGAGACUUAACGAUCAAACGCAGCCCCAAGCUUUUCAUGCUCGGUAUCAACUGUCGGUUCAGCAGCAUCGUUCUCGAUGAAUUUGUGACUCCAGUCGAAGGGAAGCCUAUCAACGCAUACGGGGUGUUUGACGAGGGGCAUCUGGAGGCUGGGGACAGGGCCCCUGAUGCACCCAACGUGCUCCAGGUGGGACGUGGAGAAUCUGACAUGAAGACGCUUUUUUGCCUCUACAGACCUUGGUAUCACACGGUACUUGUGUUCGCGCCGAGUCUCGCAGACGCUAUCCCGAUUUUGGGCGCGCUGGAGGCAUGCAACAAAAGUGUUGUGCGCAAGGCUGUCGUUUUGCCGUCAUCGGCACCAGCGGCGCCCGUCGCAUCUCCUUGCGAUGAUGUCGUUCUUGUUGAUCAGGAGGGUUAUGCUUAUUCGGCUUAUCUUGUCGAAGUUAACCAGACGAAAGUGUUUGUGAUACGGCCGGACGGGGUGAUUGGGGCAAUCGUUCAUGGUGCAGAAGGCGUGAAGAAGUAUUUCUCGAAAAUAUUUUUGGACCUGUCGUAG